UAAUCUACCUAUGCCAAAGGAGAAAUUGAAAGUGGGUCAAAACAUAAGGAGUCAUUUUCACCAUUACAAUUACAGGGUCAUGGAAAUAGCGGUCAAGCCCAAUUUUAAGGUAUAAUGACGUGAGAAUAUGGGGGAAAGACAUUUCAGUUGCCGACUGUGAAGAGUUAGCAGGUGGCCAUGGUGUUUGGGGAGGCAGAGGAUGGCGUGAGAAUGAGCUGGAACACAUGGCCGGCGACCAACGCAGAAGCUUCAGAAUGCGUCGUUCCCACGGCGGUUGUGUACACGCCUCUGAAGGAGCUGGCGCAGGGGGCAGUGCUGCCCUACGGUCCGCUUAGGUGCACGGCUUGCCGCUCGGCGCUGAACCCCUUCGUCACUGUGGAUUUCUUCGGCAAGACGUGGGCGUGCCCCCUCUGCUCCGCCCGCAACCAUUUUCCCCAGCCUUAUGCUGCUCUCGCCCCAGACCACCUUCCUCCCGAGCUACUCCCACACCACACCACUGUGGAGUACGUUUCUUCUUCCCCUUCUGCUUCCCCUCCCGUCUUCCUCUUUGUGGUUGACACGUGCAUUCCGGAGGAUGAACUGGGAUUCCUUAAGGCGGCCUUAACCCAGGCCAUUACCCUCCUGCCGGAGAGCGCCACAGUGGGCUUCAUAUCCUUCGGUGCUCAUGUUUAUGUCCAUGAGUUAGGCUUCUCCCAUAUUCCCAAGUCUUAUGUCUUCAAUGGGGCUAAACAUGUCAGCAAGGACGACAUUUUGAACUACCUUAAUUUCUUUGUUAAUAAAAAUAAACCCCCAGUAGGGAUCAUUGCAGGAGUCAAGGACGGCCUCUCUGCUCAGAGCAUCGCCCGAUUCUUGUUGCCAGCUUGCCAGUGUGAAUUCACUUUGAAUUUGGUUUUGGAAGAGUUGCAGAAGGAUCCGUGGGCGGCGCAGACGGAUGCAAGAGCUGCACGUUGCACUGGCCCUGCUCUCAGCGUGGCCGCGGGGCUGGUUGGGGCUUGUGUGCCUGGCACUGCUGCCAGAAUUAUGCUUUUCAUUGGCGGUCCCUCUACCCAAGGUUCAGGCACUAUUGUAUCGAAAGAUUUAUCAGAGUCAAUACGUUCUUACAAAGACCUUAACAAAUGUGCUGCUCCGUAUUAUCAAAAGGCAGUAGAAUUUUAUGGAGAAUUUGCUAAGCAACUUGUGAAUCAGUGUCACGUUCUGGAUGUUUUUGCAUGUUCUCUUGAUCAGGUAGGAGUGGCUGAAAUCAAAGUUGCUGUUGAAAGGACAGGUGGACUUGUUGUGCUGGCAGAAAGCUUUGGACAUUCUGUUUUCAAGGAUUCAUUCAGGCGUGUCUUUGAAUCCAAAGAUCAUGAUCUUGGUUUGUCAUAUAAUGGAAUUUUUGAGGUUAACUGCUCAAGGGAUGUUAAGAUACAGGGUGUUAUUGGGCCAUGUGCUUCUCUGGACAAGAGAGGAGUCUCUUGCUCAGAAACAGUUAUUGGCCAAGGAAAUACGACUGCCUGGAAAUUGUGUGGUCUUGACAAAGGCACUUCUUUGUGUAUAUUUUUUGACAUCAUCCCAAAGGAAUUAUCUGGAGCAGCAGGGCAAUCUAAUAGUAAUCUGUUCCUUUUUCAGUUGCUAACAUAUUACCAGCACAGCAGUGGACAAAUGCGCCUUCGGACUACGACACUGGCUAGAAGAUGGGUCAAUGGUCACAGAAGCACAGAGGAAUUAGUUGCUGGAUUUGAUCAAGAAGCUGCAGCUGUUAUCAUGGCUCGGCUGGCUUCAUUCAAAAUGGAGGCUGAGGAUAAUUUUGAUGCAAAUAGAUGGCUGGACAUGUCUUUGAUUCGCUUGUCCUCCAGGUUUGGAGUUUAUGAAAAGAAUGAUCCUUCUUCCUUUAGCUUGUCUCCAACAUUUGCAAAUUUUCCAGAGUUCUUUUUUCAUUUACGCCGUUCUCCAUUUGUCCAGGUUUUCAACAACAGUCCAGAUGAAACUGCAUAUUUUCGGAUGAUACUUAACAGAGAAAAUGUGAACAAUUCGAUUGUUAUGAUUCAACCAUCAUUGGUGUCCUACUCUUUAAAUGCACCUCCAGAGCCAGCUCUUCUCGAUGUUUCUGCCAUUUCCACUGAUCAGAUCCUUCUAUUAGAUGCUUAUUUUACUGUGGUUAUUUUUCAUGGAAUGACUAUUGCACAAUGGCGCAAAGCUGGAUUUCAAAAUCAACCAGAACACCAGGCUUUUGCUAAUUUGUUGCAACUACCUCAAGAUGAUUCUGAUAAAAUACUGAAGGAGCGGUUCCCUGUGGCACGCUUAGUUGUCUGUGAUCAGCAUGGGUCACAGGCUCGAUUUUUGCUUGCAAAGUUGAAUCCUUCUGCAACAUACAAUUCUGACAUGGGGUCUCCACCUGGACGGGAUUUUAUAUUUACGGAUGAUGUAAGCUUUCAGAUUUACAUGGAGCAUCUCCAAAAAUUAGCUGUUCAGUCAUAAUGUCAAAGCUAAACUUUAUUUAAUUGGCAAUAUGUUGAACCUUUGUUGAAGAUAAAUAUGAUACAGGGAGUAUAAUAUCUUUCAUCUAAUGGUUAUGGAUUAGGUGCUAGAUCUUUGUUCCUUGGUUCGUUUAGUGGAAAGUUGAAAUCAGAAAGGUACAUGCCAGCAGUUUUGUUAAUAUGUCAGAAUCUUUAGAUAAAUUGCAGAUACACCUCAAUCGUAAGUGUUGUUAAGUGAUUAAAUGUUAAAAAGACACAUUUUUGAAAUUUUAAGCUUUUGAGGGAAGAAGUGGAAAAUAAUAUAAAAUUAAACUAUAUUCCCUCAAAAGGCUAUAUAAGGGGGUUUUGCAUUCAGAAAAUGGUCUUCUUGCUUAUUUUUUCAAUUUCUUCUCUCUAGAGAAUGAACAUGAGUUUUUCCUCUUCUGUGAGGAUGGAUUUUUUUUUUGGCAAAGAAUGGUUUCAAGGAGAAAAACCCUCCCAGCCAUAUAAAUAAUUCCAUACAGGAAUUAUUAUUGUGCUAGCAGUUGAAGAUAUCUAACAUGUGAUUCGGUGUGUUCCCAUGUUUUGGGUAUUUACUCUGAGUAUUGUAGCGUGUGUUCCAGUUUGGAAUUUUGAAUUAAUUAACGCCUUUGUUGUAUAUCAGCAAAUUUAAUCAAUUUCUUUUGGAUGAUUUAUGUGAAGAUGAAAUGUUUGGGGUUGGUAUAAUCGAACCAGCUGUACCAUCAAAUACUGUAAGUAAUGCAGCCUAUUAUGUGACAGCCUUUCUUUCUUAUAGCAGCCAUAACAAUUCAAGGAGGAAUCACAGCUUUGUUUAUACAAGGGAAAAUGAUGCGUUGAACUUGUAAGUCCCACUUGGAGACUAGUUUUGAUCCGGCUGUACACUAAAGUGUUGCCAUCCAAGUUUUGAAGAUACUGCAUCCAGAUUCGAGAGAUUAUAUAAGCCAGUUAAUUUCCUUUAUACUUUAUGGAAAUGCCCUACCGCUUGAAGCCAAUCACAACACAUUUUAGGAAUUCUUCGGAAGGCAAUAUAGGUUAUAAAGAAGCUACUGUGCCUGGGUAGUAUGCAACGAUAUUCCUAUUGGUAAAUGUUUGAUACUUCUGGUUAUAUAUUCAGAAUUUAUGGAUGGGAAUCUGGGUAUUUUACUACUGUGCUCUGUGUGGGGCCGUAUUUAAAGUUCUGCAGUAACUUAUACCACAUGUUUCAGACCUUAGUUAAAGCGCACCUUUGGAUUAUUGAUGAAAUAUAAGUUAACAACAGCAAGUACCACAUCUUGAGUUUCUACAUCAACUGGUAUCUUUAGUUGGGUAUAUAAUACUCUUCCCAUGUUUUAUUAUUUAGAGAAUCCCUGAUUGCUGCCUAUAAUCAUUGUUGAUAUUAAAGUGGAUUUUGUUGUUAACUUGAAUUAUCAAGCUAUCUUAGCUUGCUGAUAUUGUAAAAUUGGACGGUUUACUGCUGGUUAGAGAUUUCUCUGGUAUUGUAAGUAGAUUUUCUGGUCUUAUGUCAAAUGUUUUAGAUAGAAUUAUUUUUGA